GCAUGGAGAAAACUUUCUCUUUGUUCUCUUUUUAUGAUUUCUUAUACUUUAUCGUUGUUAUCUCGUGUUAUGAUUGCUUGGCGUGUGGUAUUAGGAGAUAUCCGGGACCUCUGGAAAACGAGGGUUCUCCUACUUUCCUAAUUUAAACGGAAAUCGACAGUGCGAAUUUCAGUUUCCACAGCCUUGAUAUGGAGAGGUGAGAGAUGUCUCGCCACGUGGACACUGCCAUCCCUUCUGCCUUCUUGUUCGGCCGGUUCUGGUAUCUGCCCUGGCUUCUGUUCCCGGAAUCCCUGGCUUGUCUUGGAGAAUGUUUCUCGUCUCGCUCGGUUAGAUCCGUUCUGACCGCCUUGGGGUCUUGCUUUAUCUGCGCCUUAGAGCGACUGGCAACAUCUUCUUACCAUUUUCCCCGCAGGGGAGUAAGCCUCUCUUGAAGGCAUAGAUUGCAGUGGGGAUGGUGCAUUCGGGAAUGGCCAACUUCUCUUGAUUGAAGCAGGCUAUGUAGCCUCGCAGGGGUUCCGCCCGAUGCUGGAGGAUUUCGUAUAGACCAACAGAGGUUUUCUCCAGGUCUCUGCUGCUGGCGAAUUGUUCCACAAAAUUAUCGCUGAGGAUAGCGAACGAGGCUAUGGACCUUUUUGGGGUCAAAAUCGGUCACGACAGAAUCAAUUUCCGAAAAUUCUCGGAAAAUAUUUCUCGCAAUAAAAAUUUCGUAUAAUUUUUAUUUAACAGGUUAUACGACGAGUUCUUGAUAUUUUUUAUCGACAAUAAGAAGCAAACAUUUAACUGUUGGGGUCAAAAUCAGUUAUCUCGAAAUAAACGUCCAAAAAUUGUGUUUCUGUACGAACGUUUCUUGACACACUCUCAACAAAGGUUCCUGAGCAAAAUACUCGAGAGAAAUGGAAUACGAAACCAAACACGCAGUCCAACUCGUUCGUUCAGACCUUUUGAGGUGCAGAACUGCACAGACGCGUCAUAGUUUUAGCUAUGGAGGAAGACCUUCCCAUGGCUUGAUUGAGCCCGUUUUUGGAUAUAAGAUAGAGCUUUGAGUUAGCUUUCCAAUGCCACCGGUCUGAGGUCAAUCAGCAUCUUGUAGCAUAUGUUAUGCCCGUUUUAUUGAAGGGUGAACGGAGCACACUGUCCAGCUUGGCCAUCAACAACACGACCAGCUCUGUCAUCUGCCGAGCUAGACUAGUACAGUUCGGCGGAUGGCCGAUCUGGAUCGAACAUGCGACCAGCUCGGCCAUCCGAAGAGCUUGAACGAACACGCGACCAGCUCGUAAUCCGCCGAGCUAGACUAGUACAGUUUGGCGGAUGGCCGUUCUGGAACGAUCGUCCUGUCUUCUUCCCAUCCUCGCAGCUCCCCCUUUAAGGAUUAGAACGAACCUGCUCUUGUUUCAUCUCGAUCGGAGUCACCGUUGGCACUUUACGAUUUAAAAACCGCAAGAACUCUUUCUCUCGAAUAACAUUCGUAUCGAUCAUAUAAAACGACAACGGUAAGCUGAACACCUCGAAUUGCCUACGCUAUACGAGGAAUUUGAAUGUUCUUCGAAAUCGACAUCGUUUCAAAAGCGCUCUUUUUAUAAAAUCGUAAAAACGCCUAAGUCGGAAGACGGCCCGAAAUGGCCCAGAACGGGGAUAAGAGCCCACUUACGAUUUUAUACGAAAUCAAGCCCAAUCGUUAUGACGGUUUAUCUUUUGUGAUGCAGGAGAAGAUAAAUGUCAAGGUCAGAGGAUAAAUGUGAAGUUUCCAAAGAUAAACACAAAGAUCGAAGGAAAAAGGAAUAUUACCGCGAAGCGAUAAACUUGACCAAGGGCAGAAAUGGAAAGAGAAAACCGCCUCUAGGAAGAGUAUAUAAGGACGUCGUGGUUGAAGAGGCAAGGGGACAAUUCUUUUAGACUUAGAACUCUCUGCAUUUAGAAACUUUUAGGCAUUAUUCUCGACAUUUUUUGUUUCUAUGACUGGCACCUGAUUACUAGACGAACUUGCCUAGGCAGUUCGAUCUAUUGUUCUACUCCUUCAAUCGAACUACAUUCGACUGAUCCUCGAAAGGGGUACAUAGGCAGCCUUUCAUAAAGUUCAGGCCGAAAUCAAAUCAAAACCUUUUUCAUAUCUUUUUUGUUUGUUGUUCUCGAGCUGCGACUCUUUCGGCCGAAGCUUUUGUAAUCUUUUGUAAUGAUCGCAACGCUCUUACGCGGAUUCGAAAUAAGAUCAACUCUUUCUAAACUCGCUUUAUUGUCUUUACAUAUUUGCUACAUUUAUUUGGUUACUUGUCAUUGGCUCUCGCAGAGAAUCCGGUACCUUCGGAAAGUUAGGGUUUCCUAAUUUAAACGAAAAUCGACGGUGUGAGUUUUGGUUUCCAUAGUUUGGCGAUAAAAGGAGGGGCGGGGUAUGGAUUACUCUAACUCAUAGCCGCAAAACGCUUGAUCAAAACAAUGUCAGGAAAUACGAAAGACAAAAUCGCAGUUCGCAACAACGCUGGUAAGACAACUCCAGCCGCCAUUGCGCCUAUGGCCAACGCUUACACAAACACCACAGUUCUUGAGAAAUUCGAAAAUCUAGCCGUGACUUUUCGCCACAGGAAGUGCAAUGAAACGAGCUCGCGAUUUCUCUGUCUAAAUGAUAUACCAUGGAUUUCACCCAUUUUUAGUCAUGGUAUAAAAGUGUAUUAAGAUAUAUUUAUCAUGUUUUAGAGUCUUUUCAAAGCAAUUACAGGUUCAGUUACUUGAUAGAAGGAAAUGUUGCUUUUGGGACACUUUGGAGUGCUUUUACGUGUAGAGCACCAAUCGACGCUUGAAGAGCAAUGUCGAUCGACCGAAGCCAAUUAAAAUCGAUCGACAGCCGUUUAGAGUCAUCGAUCGAUGUUGGAUCACCUGAGGACUAAUCACGAAAUUAGAAGAUUUCAUUUCCAUAAAGUUUAUUAAUUGCAACCUAAGCCCUUAGCCGCCUCGCCUGUGAGGCUAUAUGUACUAGGGGUUUGUAUCAUUUUAGAGGUAGACUGGCCUAACAACCUAGUUUGAAGAAGAAGUAUUUUGGCUACCAUUAUAAGAGCUUAGGAUUGGAGAGAUAGAUUUGAGACUGCAUAACAGAGAAGAUCUUGAACUCCCUUAUUUCUAUUACUCUUACUUUCUGUGUUCAAUAUUUCAUUUGAGUUUUAGUCAAACCAUCAUGACUUUGUCUCUCAUGAAUAUGUCUGAGUAAACCCAAUUGUUAGACUUAAGUUUCUGAUAAACAUUGAAAGUAUGUGCUGCUAAUAAGACUGUUAAAAAGGUGUUUUGAUUAUUCUUUCAUGCUUGUUGAGCUUAGUGCUAAAAUUAGGAUUGAUCACCCUCAUUUUAGAUCUUAGGAUUAAUAGAGAUAACCAACCGUUACCCUCAAUACCUGAAAUAUCCAGUGUGAUCUAACUGACUAGAUAACAACGAGAUUUGGUCUAGAAGGUUAGAGAACAGCUUAAAACCCUCUCGUAAAGCUUGUUAGAAGAACCGUCGAUCGACGCUACUAUCGUUGUGUCGAUAAAUUGUUUGAAAGGUGUAUCAAACGAUGUGCAUAAAGUCACAUCGAUCGACUCUUUCUCGAGAUCAAAAGACGGAAGUUGAGAUCCGAGAUCUAGUAAAGAAAACCUAUAUGGUUUUACCAUUGUUUGAGUUCAAAAACUGUCAAACCCUUUAGCCUGAACUAAAUUGCAUGCUUUUCAUACCUGAGAAUUUGCCUAAGUCUAGCUGUUUUUCCAUCCUUAAAACAACUUCAACUUAUACCGUCGAACAAUUACCUUGUUCGACUCAUCAUUUACUGCUUUUAAACAAAUAAACCUCUUAGUCUAUGUUUAUUUCUAAUCCCUGAGAUCUAUUGAGUAAUCCUAGAGUCCUUGUGGAUUCGAUCCCUAAGUACUACAUCUGAACUUCUUAUUUGAGAGAGUAAUUCACUCCUUAGGGUAAUUUAAGUGAUAUCAAAUUUGGCACCAUUGUCGGGGACUCUUUCUUAUUACCAUUAGAUUUAAUUUAGAAUUUAGUAUAGACUUGUUACGAAAAACAUGCUAAGUUUUCUUUCUUUCCCUGUCUACGCAGACACUAAGAAUGGAGAACAUAGAACUCGGCCGAGCAUCGAUCGACAAAGAUGCAAUGUUAUCGAGCGACGUGGAGACCGAAGAAUUGACUGACACGGAGUUCCUGACAUCGAUCGACACCGCCCAGUCGGAAGCAGGUAAGUCUUCUCUUACGGAGCUUAUUAAUGAGGAAGUAGUCCAAACUGAACCAAUAGGUCAAUUGAGCAAUGAGGCUAGCCAAACUAAACAGGGGAUUGAAAUCCCUGUUGAGAUAAACCCCACCUUGAUAAAAGGUGAAGAGAUAAAAUUGCCUUUGCAAGACUACCUAGUUUUAGGGGAUUUUUGUGUAGGCUCUUUGUGAGUACUACGGAACGAUGGACAAGCUAGUAAACCAAGGGUAUUUGUAUGUAUUUCGUGAGGAUUUAGAGAGGAUAAUAAAGAGAUAGGGUUGAAGAGACUUUUAUUAGAUAGAACAAGCACGAAAAAGCGAGGUUACAAGGUAUUGAGUAAGAACCCUAAUUCUAGCCGUCUAGUCCUAGUCUCUAAGCCUUGGAGAAGUCGAUCCCUUGCUUUAGGGUUUUAGUAGGUCUUAUAUAGUCGUCUAGGAGUCGGUUCCAUUAAGUUAAACGCUUCCAUAUACGGAAAUAUGGAAGGUUCUCCUUAUCGGAAGUUUUACAUUUCUUGGAAGGGAGCUCGGUUCCAGGGACCGAACUCGGGGUUCCUUCAAGCAGGGACCUGGAGCAUUCCCUUAUCGGGGACCCGAGGGUCUGGGUCCUGCCUGGAGGCUGGAGGAAAUGAUACCGGGAUAUUUUUCCCCAACAGUUUCCCCCUUAUUUCUCGAUUUCGUCAUCGAAGUCGGGGAAUAACUUGUGUACUCAAAUCAACCGGGUUGCUCAUUCUCAGCAGGAUCCCCUUAGGCAGGACCCCGUUCCAUUGGUCUUGCUAGCCUGGGUUCCACUCAAGCCGGAACUCAUUCUGAACCCAGGUGAGGACCGGUUCCUUCGUGUUUGACCUGAGUCUAGUAGUAGUUUAUCUUAUCUUCUGGAGAUGACGAGGCUGGAGGUCUGAAAUUUGAACCACGCACGGGCUAGAGAGAGUUAUUGCUGGGGUGAUUCUGGGGCCUUUGAGACUAAGAUCCGUCGAUUUGAGGAGAAAGGUGUAGCCAUUGCUUCCCUUGGCACCUUUCCUUUUUCCAGGCCGGCUGUUUUUUUAAUAAAGGAUUUUUCCGAAGAUUUGGAAUUAUCUGAUUUCCUUUUCUCUGGCUCCAAAAAUGAAAUAAUCAGGCAUAUAUUUAGGGUGCCCGAUGCGUAGAAUUUCGUUCAUCCCUUAUUUAAGAAGAUGAACUCUGAUCUUCCUGCUUCACUCGUGGGUGGCCGCAUAAGGCCUUGCCGCCUGUUUGCUGAUCCUUUCUCCUCCCAUGUCGCUUCUUUCGGAGAAGUUUCUGAAACUGAUAGCGAGGCGAUCCCAAUGGCACCUUUGAAGCAACGUGGUUCCCUCGUUAUCGACGAUGGCCCGUGUUCUGGAAUUCAGGAGGGAGUUCUGAAGGUGAUACAGAGAAAGUCCGGGAUCCACUCUUCGGUGCAGAUGAGGAGUUCCUUGGAGUUUGAGCGCGCUCCUGAUGGGGGGCCAGGCGAGAUAGCUAUUUUUGAGGCGUAUCUGAUAGCAGGUUUCCGAGGGAUCGUCCCUUCGCUCGUGGCUGAAGUAUCAUCGUUUUUGGGUUUCUGUCCUUAUCAACUCACUCCUUUAUCAUGGAAGACUUUAAUGUCGAUCCAAGUACUCGGGGAGCUUUAUGACCUUGAUACCGGGGUAUACGAAGUUCUAUACUCCUAAUACUUUGCCCCUUUGACAAUCAUGCAUGGGUUCUACCACCUUCAGCCUCGUGACGGCGCUCCCUUGGUUGAAGAGCCUUCGAGAGGCACCCGGGGUAAUUACCCCUUUGGGGACAAUUGGACCAGUCGGUACGUGUUUAUGAAGAUCCAGGAACCCUUCCAUUAUCCUACAUUUUGGCGUACUGUUGAUGUCUCUCGUCCGGUAUCCUUUCUUGGGGAAGCAGUAGCAAAAAAGAUGUUAGCGAUCCCUCGACGUUUCCGUGGAGUACAUUUCCUGAUGAGUAAGAAGGUCAUGCGUCAUCGUCGUCUUUGGGGGAAUAUUGCGAGACUCCCUGUUUCUGGCCUUUAUGACAAAUAUCAGCAGGUUGGAACGCGAAGAAGACGCUCUUUCUAUACUCCCCCACCUCGUUUGACUAGGGCAACACCGCCAGUUGCUAGGACUAGGCCGCUCCCCUCCAGGACCGCGAUUGGAGAUGCACCGCUAAUGGGCGUUCCGCAGAGGCUUCUUACUGAGUUGUUUCUUCUUCGUAACCGGGUGCAAGACAUGGCAGCUCAGCGUGACUUAUUGAUUUGGCAGGUGAGAGCUUCGGCCAGAUGGGAGCUUAUACGGAGUGGCUGGAAGGAAGAACAGAACGCUGGGAUCCCGAAGAAGAAUAUCAUCGGCAUCUGCUUUCUUCUGAAGGAUCAGAUCAUCACUUUGGAGGGUGCCCUCAAGUAGGUUCGAGGUCCGCUGCGGAGUCUCGAGUCUCAGCCGGUCCACCUUUCUAGAUGUUUGUUGCUUGUUGUCGAAUCUGUUUUUCUUUGAAUAAUGGCUUCUUGUGGUUCGAUCCUCCUAUUUUUCUUUCUUGAACCGAGGGAUCCAUAAAUCGGGAUCCUAAUGCAUGUAUCAAUAUGAAUCCGUUAUGAAUCGAUAUUAUUACAUUCCAAUUCCUUACUGCCUUUCUUGAUUCUCCUUUGGAACAAUGCUUUUUCGUAAUGGAUUUCUUUUCCUGCAAACCCUGUUUCCUUUUUUCCCGUAAGUUCGGAAUUGAGGUCUUAGCCCCGAGGGUAUAUGGCCCGAAGAUCUUUGGGGACCCGGAGGUUUUAUCUUUGGAUCCUGAGAUCGUAGUCGGGCCCGGGGGUUAAUAAGAACCUGGAGGUUUACCUUUUCCAGGCCCUGAAGAAAUUUGUUAAGGACCCGGAGACUGCAUGGGGACCCGGAGACUGCAUGGGGACCCGAAAGUUCUUAAUAACCCGGGCGUAUUCAGUUUAAAUUUUAAGGGAACAUAUUCUGCCAUCCUAGGCGAGGCCACUACCGGUACCUGUUGGGAUUUCGCAUUCUUUCGCUCGGACGCUGGUCACUAUCGAGUUCCCAUGCUGCAUGCUGCUUUCUGCAGAAAGCCACUAUCAGGCUUAGAGGGUGCUGGUGUGGGUGAAAACCCAAGUGCCAGGCUUUGCUAUUUUCCACAUCUGGAGAAGUAGAGUAUUAUCUGGUGCUCCCGGACUUUUGCACUUGCUCAAGGGAAAUUAUACCUCGUGUCCCCUGUAUUAUUCUAGCACAUAGUAUUUUAAUACAAGUACUUUCACACUUUAGUAUUUUUUCUUUGGACCCCGAUAUGCCUGAGGCUAUACAGGGGUUUUAGGUAGUAUUGACGGCAUACUCGGGCUUGCGCAGACCCAUUCCUACCUUAUGUCUCAUACUCGUUUUGUUUUUGCGUGGUUGUACCACUUGUAAUUAAGGGUUGGCCAGGAUUGAAGGUCUCUUAGACCUGAUCCAGCUCGUUUGCCCAUUUAAGUAUUAUCGAUGUGCGGGACAGAGAGGUACGACACCUUGCUCUAACUUCUCAAACAUCUAACUUUGGUUAUCACCACCUUUGGGGACUUUACACCGAGACGGUGUAAUUUAAAUCUAGGAGAGGUAGUACUAACACCAUUUUCUUGAGUUUUGUCAAAAUCUUUAAAAAUAAUUUUAUUGAGUCAAGAAAGGGAAUAAGACCUUAUGAUUUUUACUUCAAUGUCUAACCACUUUUUAGCACCAUUCUAGAUUUACUAAUCGCAGAUAGCACUAAGGAUGCUAAAGUGGAUCAACGUGUCAACUAUACACACUUGCCUAGCUUGUUUGAAAGAACCAAAGCUAACCUCCAACACUAACCUGACAUGGGGCUUGGUAUACAUGGGAUCGGAUUCGUCAAACA